AAUUUCGACAAGGACACACCAUCAAAACACUCGAAGAAACAUGACAGGACGCGGCAAAGGAGGAAAAGGUCUCGGCAAAGGAGGCGCCAAACGUCAUCGCAAAGUGCUGCGUGACAACAUCCAAGGCAUCACGAAGCCCGCCAUCCGUCGUCUCGCUCGGCGUGGAGGCGUCAAGCGUAUUUCCGGCUUGAUCUACGAAGAAACGCGCGGCGUCUUGAAAGUCUUCUUGGAAAAUGUCAUCCGGGAUGCCGUCACGUACACGGAGCACGCCAAGCGCAAGACUGUCACCGCCAUGGAUGUCGUCUAUGCCUUGAAACGCCAAGGACGCACAUUGUACGGCUUCGGAGGUUAAAUUUCGACAAAAACUCGUUGCUUGAAGAACAAAAACGGUCCUUUUAAGGACCAACAAA